AUGUCCUGUGGAAACCCUACAGUUGAGUCUGAUGCUCUGAUGCCCAGACGGAAGAAGUACGACAAGACACGGCAGUGUGUCAGAUGCAAAUUAUCGACCGGAAAUGUAGUCAUACGAUAUGCUGUAUACUGCAAGGAAUGUUUCUUCCCUCUCAUCACGCAUAAGUUCCGCCGGUCUCUAGAGCCCUCUGUGAACGAAAGACCUCAAGGACCCAGACGAACAGCACUAAAACCCGCAGGUAAUCUGCUCGUGGGGUUUUCCGGCGGGCUAGGCUCGACGGUCUUGCUGGAUCUGGUUCAUCGAUGUUAUGUGUCUAUGGAUCAAUCGACUAUGCCAUCAGACGGCGGAAAGCAGCACCCACGCCAUGAGAAGAUCUGGAAAAGAGUGUCUGUGUGUUACGUCGAGAUAGCUGGUGCCUUCCCCGGGAUGCAAGAUAGCUCACCGGACGUUGAGACUCUCAUAGCACAACACGACGGCGUAGACCUCAUCUCCCUUCGGAUACAAGAUGCAUUCGAUCCAGCCUGGUGGCAGAGAGUGGCCGGACGACCAGCCUUGUCUGAUCUAGAUUUCGACCUUACAACAGAAGGCACGUCCCCUCUGACUCUUUUACUUUCAUAUCCUUAUGGACGGCAUACAGAACUUCAUCUGAUAUUUAAUCCUUCCUCAUCAUCGACUCCACUCGAGAAACUGCAAGCAUAUCUCGCAUCACUCCCCACCGCGACUGCCGUGCAUAGUACAAUCCAAAAUCUGAUCCGCCUGCUUCUAUUACAUACUGCCUUGCAGACUCAAUCGUCCCAUCUCGUGCUCGGGACGUCACUCACAAGCCUUGCGAUGUCGCUCAUCUCGGGCGUCUCCCAAGGCCGCGGAUUCAAUUUGAAGGAAGAGAUGCAGGAGGAGUGGGUGCCAUCGGUCCCUGAUCCUGCGGAAGAUGUCUCGAGCAUAACGACGCGGAGGCGAUAUGUACGCGUGAUCCGCCCCUUACGCGAUGUCGGGCGGAAAGAAUGCACAUUAUGGACGUGGUGGACGGGCUUGCGCGUAGUAGCCGCCGUACGGCCGCCGUGGGUAGGUGCGCGGCAGGACAUUGGGACGCUGACGCAUGACUUCAUCACUGGCUUGGAGAGAGAUUAUCCGUCAACUGUGUCGACGAUUGUGCGGACGUGUGCGAAGGUAGCACCAAAGGGGGAGGUAUCUGGAUUAUGUUUGCUUUGUGCACGCCCCGUGCAGCAUGGCAUACAGGAGUGGAAAUCACGGAUCUCGAUACGCACGCGUGACGUUCCUGACGCCGGGGAACAAUCGUCCGCACAGGUUCCCGCACCACUUGCGCCGCAUCUGUGCUAUGCAUGUCAUACAACACUCACAAGCAAGAGCAGCCGGCCUCCGCCAGCACUAUACCCAGAAAUAUCGCGGUCUUCGGUUGCACCUGCACCAGUGUGGGUGCUAUCUUUCAUGACGGACAGGGAGAUGUUUCAAACAUCUCGCAUGAACGAGCAGGACCAGAGAAACACGCUGAAAGAUUUUCUGCUAGAGGACUAG